AUGGAUGGGAAGUAUGUCCGUCGCGAGCGCGAUCACAACCAAAUCAUUGGAUAUGACGAUAUCAACCAACUCUUUUGGUACCCCGAAGGUAUCGAGCGCAUUGUUCUUGAAGAUAAAACAAGAUUGGUGGAUGUCGCGCCCGCAGACCGUUAUUCGAAACUCAAGGAUGUGAACUGGAAGAAGGUAUUUUUCAAGACAUACAAGGAAACUAGGUCUUGGUUUCACAUGCUUGUCAACUUCAACCGUAUCUGGGUUUUGCACGUCGGUGGUUUCUGGUUCUACACGGCCCCGAAUUCUAAGACGCUUUAUACCCGAAACUAUGAACAACGAAAGGAUACCCAACCAACGAAAGCUGCGACCCUUUCAGCGACCGCUCUUGGUGGCGCAAUUGUGUCUCUGAUUAUGAUUGGAGCAACACUCGCUGAAUGGGCAUACGUACCGAGACGGUGGGCUGGUGCCCAGCACUUGACCAAGCGCCUACUGUUCCUAAUUGUCGUUUUCGCGAUAAAUCUGGGGCCGAGCGUCUAUGUCUUUUUCAUCAACCAGGAUGACAAGAUUGCUCUCGUUCUAAGUAUUGUGCAAUUGAUCAUCGCGCUGAUAACCUAUCUCUUCUUCGCGAUUAUGCCAAUCGGUGGUCUUUUUGGAAGCUACUUGACUAAGAAUUCCCGCCAAUAUGUUGCUAGUCAGACCUUCACGGCCAGCUUCCCUCGUCUUCGUGGAAACGAUAUGUGGAUGUCCUACGGUCUUUGGGUUUGUGUUUUUACCGCUAAAUUUUCCGAGUCUUAUUUCUUCUUGACGCUUUCGAUCAAGGACCCAAUCCGCAUUCUGUCGACUAUGAAAAUUCACAGGUGUGCCGGUGAUAAAAUAAUCGGUGAUGUUCUCUGCAAACGGCAGCCUCAGAUUCUGUUGGGAUUGAUGUUCUUCACGGAUUUGGUUCUCUUUUUCUUAGAUACCUAUCUGUGGUACAUCAUUUCGAACACUCUGUUCUCCGUGGCACGUUCUUUCUAUCUCGGCGUGUCGAUUUGGACUCCGUGGCGAAAUAUCUUUUCUCGACUGCCGAAGCGCAUCUAUUCCAAAGUUCUCGCAACUACCGAUAUGGAAAUUAAGUAUAAACCAAAGGUUCUCAUUUCCCAGAUCUGGAAUGCUGUCGUUAUAUCGAUGUACCGUGAGCAUUUAUUGGCAAUCGACCAUGUCCAAAAGCUACUCUAUCAUCAAGUCCCAUCCGAGCAGGAAGGAAAGCGGACUCUUCGGGCCCCAACGUUCUUCGUCUCCCAGGAGGAUCAUUCGUUUAAGACGGAAUUCUUCCCAUCUCAAAGUGAAGCAGAGCGUCGUAUCUCUUUUUUCGCACAGUCGCUUUCUACCCCGAUUCCAGAGCCGGUUCCCGUGGACAACAUGCCGACUUUUACAGUCCUAAUUCCGCAUUACAGCGAAAAAAUCCUUCUUUCGCUGCGUGAAAUCAUCCGUGAGGACGAGCCAUAUUCUCGCGUGACACUGUUGGAGUAUCUCAAACAACUUCACCCUCACGAAUGGGACUGUUUUGUCAAGGACACCAAGAUUUUAGCAGAUGAGACCUCCCAAUUCAACGGGGAAUUUGAGAAGAGCGAAAAGGACGCAGCCAAGAGCAAGAUUGACGACCUACCAUUUUACUGCAUUGGUUUCAAAUCAGCAGCCCCAGAGUAUACUCUCCGUACUCGCAUCUGGGCAUCCCUGCGCUCUCAGACCCUGUACCGUACCAUUUCUGGCUUCAUGAAUUACAGUCGUGCGAUUAAAUUGCUCUACCGCGUGGAAAACCCCGAAGUUGUUCAGAUGUUUGGUGGCAAUUCCGAAAAGCUCGAGCGUGAACUGGAACGAAUGGCUCGACGGAAAUUCAAGAUCUGUGUUUCUAUGCAAAGAUAUGCGAAAUUCAGCAAAGAAGAACGUGAAAACACUGAGUUCUUACUUCGUGCUUACCCUGAUCUCCAGAUUGCAUAUUUGGAUGAAGAACCACCCGUUAAUGAGGGCGAAGAACCACGUUUGUAUUCAGCACUCAUCGAUGGACACUCGGAAAUCAUGGAAAACGGACUCCGCCGACCUAAAUUCCGGGUACAGCUUUCUGGCAAUCCCAUCCUUGGAGAUGGUAAAUCUGAUAACCAGAACCAUGCCAUUAUCUUUUACCGAGGUGAAUACAUCCAACUUAUUGAUGCGAAUCAGGACAAUUAUUUGGAAGAAUGCUUGAAAAUCAGGAGUGUUUUGGCUGAGUUCGAAGAGAUGACCACCGACAACGUUUCUCCCUAUACCCCUGGCUUGCCUCCAACCCAAUCUAAUCCCGUGGCUAUUCUUGGAGCUCGUGAAUAUAUCUUUUCCGAGAAUAUCGGUAUCCUUGGUGACGUGGCUGCCGGCAAAGAACAAACGUUCGGUACAUUAUUUGCCCGUACUCUGGCUCAGAUCGGCGGUAAACUGCAUUACGGACAUCCCGACUUUUUGAACGGUAUUUUCAUGACAACUCGCGGUGGUGUUUCCAAAGCCCAAAAAGGUUUACAUCUCAACGAAGAUAUUUACGCCGGUAUGAACGCUCUACUUCGUGGUGGCCGUAUCAAGCAUUGCGAAUACUACCAGUGUGGUAAAGGUCGUGAUCUUGGCUUCGGAUCAAUUCUCAACUUUACGACAAAGAUUGGUACUGGUAUGGGAGAACAGAUGUUGUCGCGAGAAUAUUAUUACAUGGGUACUCAGCUUCCUCUCGACCGGUUCUUUUCGUUCUUCUACGCGCACCCUGGGUUUCAUAUCAACAAUAUCUUCAUCAUGCUUUCAGUCCAAAUGUUCAUGAUCUGUUUGAUCAACUUGGGAGCUUUGAAGCAUGAAACAAUUCCGUGCAAGUACAAAAAGGGUGUACCGAUUACCGAUGCCUUGAAGCCGACUGGUUGUGCUGACAUUAAUCCGAUCCGUGACUGGGUUGAGCGUUGCAUGUUCUCCAUUUGCAUCGUCUUCUUGAUAUCCUUCGUUCCGCUUGUCGUCCAGGAGUUGACCGAGAGAGGAUGUUGGCGAGCUGCGACCCGUUUGGCAAAACAUUUCGGCUCAUUUUCUCCCCUUUUUGAAGUCUUUGUUUGUCACAUUUACGCCAACUCACUCCACAAUAACUUGUCGUUCGGUGGUGCUAGAUACAUUGGUACUGAGAGAGGAUUCGCAACGGCUCGCAUUCCGUUCGGAGUCUUGUAUUCGCGCUUUGCAGGUCCUUCGAUAUACCUCGGUGCAGAUCCUAAUGAUGCUGUUAUUCGCACUUCACGUCUGGCGCAUGCUUUGAGCGCGUUCUGCCGAUUGUCGCGUACUCGAAUCACAGGUUACAAGCGCAAAGUACUCGGGACACCUUCGGAGAAGCUUUCUGGCGAUGCACCGAGAGCACAUAUCACAAACAUCUUUUUUAGCGAAAUCGUUGGCCCGCUGGUUCUUGUUGUCGUGACACUCAUUCCGUACCUUUAUAUCAAUGCCCAAACUGGCGUUCAGGACAACCCAGAGCGAACAAAUUCGUUAAUUCGUGUUGGUAUUGUUGCACUGGCACCAAUAGCUAUUAACGCGGGUGUCCUCGCAGCGCUUUUUGGUAUGGCAUGCUGUAUGGGUCCGGUUUUAAGCAUGUGCUGCAAGAAAUUCGGUUCCGUUCUCGCAGCGAUUGCGCACGGUGUUGCAGUUGUUUCACUCCUGGCUUUCUUCGAGGUCAUGUUUUUCCUUGAGGGAUGGUCUUUCCCCCGGGCCAUGGCUGGAAUGGUUGCCGCCACUGCCAUUCAGCGAUUUGUAUUCAAGUUGAUUAUCUCUCUGGCACUGACGAGAGAAUUCCGACAAGACUCCUCUAACAUUGCCUGGUGGACUGGAAAAUGGUAUAACAUGGGAUGGCAUUCGAUCUCGCAACCUGGUCGAGAGUUUCUCUGUAAAAUCACAGAACUCGGACUGUUUGCUGCCGACUUCAUACUCGGUCACAUCAUUCUGUUUCUGAUGCUCCCUGCGUUGUGUAUUCCCUAUGUCGAUAAAGGCCAUUCAGUCAUCCUAUUUUGGUUGCGCCCGAGCCGUCAAAUUCGCCCUCCAAUCUACUCACUCAAGCAGUCCAAACUUCGGAAACGGAGAGUUAUCCGCUUCGCCAUCCUUUACUUUGCGAUGCUGAUCCUUUUCGUUAUUCUCAUUGCUGGGCCGCUGAUUGCUCGCAAGUUCCUGACUAACCUUCCCAACAUCCCUCUGAACCUUCUGCAACCGAUCGACCAAGACAACAACGACACUACAAACGAAGAAACAGGCUCCGGGCUUGAACCUACUGUGACGUCCGGGGCCCGGAUGUUCUUCUAA